GCUUGCCAGUAGAUACCACAAACCGCCGAUUAUAUUUCUAACCGGUGUCGACCGAUACUCGAACGCUCCGGAAAAUUUUCUUCGCUUGGAACGUCGCUAUAAUCCAAACGAACCGCUCGUUUUGCAUCGGGAAGCUGUCACUCCAACAAUUUCGGAUAUUCGUGACUACUUUUGUGAUUUGUGACCGCGGAUGUUUACGCCACCGAGAAUGGAUUAUUUUAAUUUUGGAUAAGUGUCAUCGGAUCAUGUUCCUUCACGAUGCCACGCUUACUCUUCAGACAGCCUUCCAACGGCUCCCUAGCGGCCGUAGUGGAAAGAUCCCACCGGCAUCCUCUUCAGUCCCCUCUAGAAUACGAUCUGCAACUCAGAAACAACCGGCUGGAUCUGAUUUUGGUGUCGAAACUUCCAGAAAUCGCGAGGAGCUGCGCUCCGGCAAUGGAUGAAGGUUUCGAGAGUGACAUAGACACCGUCUCGUUGAUCAGCAGCGAGAACGAGUCUUUCACUCCCAAGGCGACCCUCACGGAGACGGACAGCGCGAAUGGAGGCUCCGGAACCGAAAGCGAUACGGAAACGGACAAAACCAACACCCUCACCCAAAACAAUGUGAGCCUAAUCAAGGAAACCUUCGAGAAAAUAGCCCUGACUUGCAAGACGAAGGAGUCUUACCCCCUAGUCGAUUGUGUGUGCUACACAGACGUAAUCCAUCCCGAUAUCCUGAUUUUCGUCAUCAAGGAUGAGGCUUUGGUCUUCAAGUUCGACAAUUUGGCAAAUCUGAAGAGCUUUUACACCAACUUCAGCACGCUGAAGGCGGUGACCAACCAAAAGGCCUACACCUUGGCCACCGGAUUUAACCUGUUGCAGAGGAUCGACCAGAAUGGCGUGACACACAUAGAAAUCAAAAAGCACAACGGCAAUAAGCAGUCCAGGGGCGAUGAGAAAUCGAAACAGAACAAUUACGACGAUAGCGCAUUUUACGAUACCCGCGUUCGAUCGAGCAUGCUCAACGACGUCAAAUUCAACACAGUCAAUAACAAAGUGGGCCAGAAGAAAAUGAUCCCCAGGUCCAGCUCGAUCGAAAAUAUUUUAAGCGACAAAGAGAGCAAUCUAGUCAAAGAUGAGGCGGCGCUCAAGCUGAGGAAAGUGUGGAACUCCGCAGAGGAUCUUUUGGCUCCCGAAACACCAAGCCCCAGACGUCCGGAACGACGCAGAAAGAAGAAACAGGCGCCUCCGCCUCCGUCUCAACCGAAAGACGUGCCGCAAAAGGCGGAGGACGUGUAUAGCGGCCAAUUCGUCAGAGUGAACGUCAAUUUCAACACAUCUAGGGAUUUGGUAGACAAAAACCGGCUCGUGGUAAAGAGCGCGUCGAACGAGUCACAUCCCAAGAAACUAAGUCAAAAUUUCAACAUACUGGGCGGGAAAAACAACCUCGCGUCGCUGCUCAAACCGUCGCUUAAAAGUCACUCGGAAACGGUGAAGUAUCCAACGGAGAACGCGACCUUCAACAGGACUCGGAGGGCGCCGCUUUACGAAAAGAACAGUUCCUGGACCAAUUCGGUGCCCAGGAUCCUGAAAAAGUCCUCGAGAAGCAGAAGCGAGAGCAGAAACGGCCAAGGGUUUCAACCCAUGGCUUACAGAUACAUCGACACUACUUUGGACUGCGCGUACAACCCGGUGGUUCAGAACAACGCGGCGUUUCACGGCAGUCCGCAGCCGCGACUGGCCUACGCUUACAACGUUGCCGACUUGCCGAAAAGAGAGAACAACAUAGGGAACCGUUUGUUCGGUCUGAGUCCCAAACUGAGGGAUUUCGGUCGCGAGAAUCUGAACAGGGGCAGCGGCCGCUGGGGUAGCGAAAGCGAAUUGCAUUACCCCGACCAUGAGAAGAACAGCUUGAAGAGCAGCAUCAAAAAUAACAAUAGCUGUGGCAAGAAGAAGAACGAAAAGAAAGUCACUUUUAGUGCGUAUACUACGGUUCAGGUCGUGUAGAGUGUUUUAAGCCAGCUUUCUAUCCUCCGCGUUGGGUCGAGACAAUCUUGUUAUAUUUCUUGACUGUGCGGUAGAACAGCCGGUACAAAUUGGUAUAAAUACCACGUAAGUGCGCACCACAAUCCUACAUAAUCUAAUCGAAUUGCCCCAGUUCUGAAUUCUUAUGCUCUUUCCAGAAUAUCGUAGAAAAACUCCCAAUUUUGCUUAGCUUUUGACUUCGAAAUAUGGCAUAUAUGGAAAAAUUGUGACUGCAACUAUGACAUUUUUUUAGGUUCCGUAUUAUUUCAAAUUGAAACAACAACAGCAGGUAAAAAUUGUGAUGACCAUAACACGAGUAUCCUUUUAAGUGCAUAUCACAAGCCAAUAUAAUCUACUAUAUACUAUUUAUAAAAGUUCUGGAUUAUUUAUGUAUUCUGCAUAAUAUCAUAUAAAAGCUGUUGAUAUAUUUCGUUUUUCCCAAUUUUGCUUAGGUUUUAACAUCGAAGCAUAAGAAACAUGAAAAAAUUUUUGCUUCACCUAGGACAUUUUUUAGGUUCCGUAUUAGUUCAAAUUGAAAUAAAAACAACAGUUAAAAAUUGUGAUGACCAUAACACGAGUAAUCUUUUAAGUGCAUAUCACAAGUCAAUAUAAUCUAAUGCAAAUAAUUUCUUAUCAGUUUCUCAAUUUUUCUUAGGUUUGGCAUCGAAGCAUAGCAUACAUGAAAAAAUUGUUGCUGUACCUAUGACAUUUUUUAGGUUCCGCAGUACUUCGGGUUGAAAUAAAAACAGCAGGUAAAAACAUUGAUGAAUAUUACACAAGUAUUCUUGUAAGUACAUAUCACAAAGCAAUAUAAUCCAAUCUGCCUUCAGUUCUGGAAAAUGACAUAUAAAAAAACUACUAGAAUAUUUCAUGUGCCUUCAUUCUGCUUAGCUUCUGACAUCGAAACAUCGCAUACAUGGAAAAUUGUGACUGCACCUAUGACAUUUUUUAAGUUCCGUAUUAGUACAGAGUGAAAUAAAAACAGCAAGUAAAAAUUGUGAUGACCAUAACACAGGUAUCCUUUUAAGUGCAUAUCACAAGUCAACAUAAUCUAAUAUAAACGAUUUCUACCAGUUCUGGAUUAUUUACGCAUUCUGCAAAAUUUCAUGUAAAAGCUGUUAAGAUAUAUCGUUUUUCCCAAUUUUUCUUAAGUUUUGACAUCGAAGCAUAGCAUACAUGAAAAAUUGUUGUUGCACCUACAACAUUUUUUAGGUUCCAAAGUAGUUUAAGUUGAAAAAAAGCAAAAAACUAAUUAGUAACGACCUAACAGAUAUGCAAUUACCAGCCAACUCAAGCAAGAAAAUUGAAUAAAUUUGAAAUAUAGAGACUUUUUAUAAAUAAAUUACGGCUACAUUUUGUAACUGACAUUUGACAAUUAAAUAACACUUUUGAAGAACCUAGAGAACUAUAGAGAACCACUGAAAAGAACAUACUUUCGCGGAUUUUCACUGAAAAUUGAAAUUUGAAAUAUAUUUUCUUUAAUAUGAGUUUGACGAAAAAAAAAUUUUUUUUUAAUAAAAUACAUGCAAAAUCAAACAUUCCUUCUUUUUAAACAUUGGGCAAA